CUUAGAUAAAUGUUCACCACUGGAAAAUCAUAUACGUUUAGGCGGCUUUUUGCAGGCAAAGUGAUUUUCACCCAAAAUAGGUCCCCUUUAUGCCCCCACAGUUCUUUUACCUUGGCUCCCCGGGGCGACAUAAUGAAUAAAAGGAAGAAAAACAAACAUUAAGGCUUUGUCAUUAUAGUAAAAGAACUGUGACUCAGUAAAGAUGGAUAACUUUCUAAGAACUAUACGCGCCAUCCGCAGACGUAUAGAGGCAACCAUUCUUAACAUCGAAAAAUAUAAAUAUAACAAAGUGGUGUUACUUGAAAUACAAUCAACUUUGGAAGAAGAAUUGUCAAAUUUUACUGUAAAAUGGGAUGAAUUUCACGAGUAUUUAUCGAUCAUAGAAAAUGAAAUCCCUGAAGCAAAGGCGGAAAAAGGUGCACAAGUAGUCUUAAAAAAGGCUUUGGAAGAAAAGGUAGAACUCUCAGUUCGUAUAAUAAACACACUGCUAACUGCACCUGACAAUGCUGAGGAGGAUGAAAGCUCCGUCAGUGGUAGUAGGCGUUCCUCACGAUCAAGUAAUAGUAGUAGAUCAAAGGCGAUAAGUGAUGCUGUAAUAGAAAGGAAAGUAAAGGCCGAAACCGCUCGAGCUAGAUUGCAGUAUGUGGAGGAAGCGGAAAGAUUAAAAAAGGAACAGUAUGAAUUAGAAUUAAGCGUUCAGAAGAGACGAAGUGAAAUGGAAUCCAACUUGAACAUAUUGAAGUGUAAACAAGAGGUUGUGGAAUCAGAGGCAGAGCUGAGAGCUGUAGAAGAAAUGUUGAAUGAAAAUUGUAGUGUUAAAAGUGAAGCGGUGAAGUCUGUUUCAUCCAUCUCUAAGAAAAGCAAAAGUGAAAUAGUCAAUGACUAUCUGAACAAACUCCCGGCCAGGCCAGAUUCCCAAUCUAAGAUACAGCAAGACACAUUUCACUUAAGGCCAAGUGCUCCAGAAUUUGUCCCUCAAACAACUGCGAACUUUGCUAACUACAUGGUGAAGAAAGAUCUCCUCCUUUCAAGAGUCACUAAAUUCAAUGACAGACCUGAACAGUUUUACACAUGGAAAAUUAGCUUUCGGAGCAUUUGCACAGAAAUAGAAACAAAUGACAGAGAAGAACUUGACUUACUUCUGAAGAAUCUUGGCCCAGAGUCCGGUCGCCAGGCUAACUCCAUUCGUAAUGCGAACCCACAUGAUGUUCACGGAGCGCUAGAAAAGAUAUGGGAGCGAUUAGAUCUUCGUUUCGGUGCUCCUGAGCAAGUGGCCGACAGUUUGCGCCGAAGAGUUGAUGCUUUCCAGAAAAAAGGAAACGAAAAAGAAAAGCUGUAUGAUCUAGCUGAUUUAAUUGAAGAGAUUAAUAGUGUGAAGAGCAAUUCCAAAUACAGUGGAUCAAUGUCAUUUUAUGAUUCUUCCCUAGGUGUCAACUCUAUAUUGUGUAAACUACCAUUGUUUGUUCAGAAUAAAUGGGUUGAUCACUGCAGCAACUAUAAAAUAAAGAACUAUGUCAUGUAUCCACCAUUCCAGGUUUUCGUGGACUUCGUUAGAAAGAUGGCGGUUCGUCAGAAUGACCCUAGUUUUAAUUUACAUGCACUAGGUAAACCGGAUACGACUAAAGCAAUUGAGAAGUCUAGUAGGUUAGGAUCAAGAACAGGUGUGUAUAGCAGAAAGACAAACGCACAUUCUGACAAUUGCAAAACUAAGAACAGAACGGAACCAUAUUGUGUCAUACACGGACAAAAUUCUAGGCACGAACUUAAAGACUGUAAAUCGUUUUUACAGAAAUCCAUUCAAGAAAAGAGGGAAAUUGUAAAGAAGCAAGGUUUGUGUUUUAAGUGCAUGACAUAUAAACAUUUAGCGAGUGAGUGUAAAGUCCCAGUUAAGUGUGAAAGGUGCAACAAAUCUAGUCAUUGUACUGCAUUUCAUAUUGACACUGAAACAUUAAAAAACCAAGGCGGGGAAACACCGAGGUCCAGUGAGCACGGCGGGGAACCUAAGAACCAGGUCAGUCCCAGAUGCACGGAAAUAUGUGGAAGUGUUAUUGGCGGCAUAUCUUGCGCUAAAACAAUGUUAGUAAGUGUAUAUCCAGAAGGCGAGAGACACAAGGCUAUUCAAUGUUAUGCGGUCGUCGAUGACCAAAGUAACAGGACAUUAGGCAAAAGUGAAAUCUUUGAUCUUUUUAGCAAUAGUUCUACUUGUGUACAAGAAAACUAUACGCUUUCUACAUGUGCUGGAAGUGUGAAGACAGUAGGUAGGCGUAUGUCUGGUCUUGCCAUUGAGUCUCAUGAUAAUACAUGUGUUUUGAAGUGUCCCGCAGUUCUUGAAUGUAAUGACAUUCCAGACAAUAAAGGUGAGAUAGCAACACCAAAUAUCGCGAGAUUAUAUCCACAUCUGAAAGACAUUGCCCACUUAGUGCCGGAGUUUUGUCCGGAAGCUGAAAGUCUACUCCUAAUAGGUCGUGAUAUGUCUGAGGCACACCACGUUUUAGACCAAAAAGUAGGAAAUAACAGUGAACCUUAUGCACAGCAACUUAGAUUAGGUUGAUCUAUCAUUGGCAAGACCUGCUUAGGAAAGGUUCAUCAGUCAAACACAGUAAACGUGAAUAAGAUAAGUGUGUUGUACAACGGCAGGAGUACUAUACUACAGCCAUGUGAGAACGUCAUUAACGUUAAAGAAACUGAUGUCUUUACACGCACACCCGAUGAUGACAUUGUAGGCAUGUCACAAGAGGACAAACAGUUUGUCAAAAUUAUGGACAACAGCAUGAAGAAAAUGUCUAAUGGUCAUUUGUCGGCUCCGUUGCUUUUUAAGGAACAAAGACCUAGACUCCCGUCAAAUUUUGGGCAAGCAAAGCAUCGGACAGAAACAUUAGUCAAGCAGUUGAAGAAUAAUCAUGCAAAAAGUGAACAGUUUGUUGAAUUUAUGGGGAAGAUGUUUAAGAACAACCACGCAGAGUUAGCGCCAUCUGAUGCCCAGGGUGAUGAAGUCUGGUAUCUCCCUGUAUUUGGGGUAUUCCACCCGAAAAAGCCCAACAAAAUUAGAGUCGUGUUUGAUUCAGCAGCGAAAUAUCAAGGAACCAGUCUUAAUGAUGUUCUAUUGACAGGUCCUGAUCUUACAAACAAUCUUGCCGGAGUCCUUACAAACUUUCGAAGAGAAAAAUAUGCGGCGAUGGCAGACGUCGAGCAGAUGUUUUUUAAUUUCGAAGUGCAUGAGGAACACAGAGACUUUCUGCGUUUCAUAUGGUUCCAUGAAAAUGAUAUCUCUAAACCAUUGGUUGAGUACCGAAUGCGUGUUCACGUUUUUGGGAAUUCACCCUCACCAGCAGUAGCAACGUAUGGAAUGCGAAAAUCAGUCUGCAGUCAUGACAUGAAAGGAGAAGAAUGUGAUGAAGUAUGUAGAUACGUAAGGCAGAAUUUUUAUGUCGAUGAUGGACUGGUGUCGAAAACUGAUGAAAAUGAGCUAGUUGAUCUUAUUAAAGAAACUCGAAACAGAUUACAAGCUGGUGGUUCCAUUUGCCUUCAUAAAAUAGUAUCGAAUAGUCCUAGAGUUUUGAGUUCGUUUCCGCAGACUGAUCUUGCGAAGGACAUUACUGAAAUAGACUUUAAUGGUGAGACACCAUUCAUUCAGAAAAGCUUAGGUAUGAGUUGGGAUGUUGUUUAAGACAAGUUCACAUAUAAGGUUAAUUUAGAGCGAAAACCUUACACGAAGAGAGGACUUUUGUCAACCAUAAAUGGACUGUUUGAUCCGUUGGGCUUUGUUGCGCCAGUCGUGUUAGGUGGGCGUAUCAUCAUGAAACAGGCUGUGCAAAAUCAGACACUCGAUUGGGAUGAUCAACUUCCUGAAAGGUUACUCAAGGAGUGGACCGACUGGCAAGAUUCUCUAAAAGCUCUUGACGACUUGGAGGUACCGCGUAUGUUUACAAGUAUGUCUUUUGAUAAAGCUGCAAAACGGGAACUGCACGUGUACUCCGACGCUUCAAAGGAAGCAAUUUCAGCUGUAGCAUAUGUUCGUACUGUAGAUUCUGAAGGAAAGUCAGAAAUGGGUUUUGUAAAGAGGAAAAUCUAAGCUGGCCCCAAGCCAUGGUCACACGAUACCCAGACUAGAGCUAUGUGCAGCAGUGGUUGCAACUGAACUUGCUGCUUCUAUUCAAAAGGUCUUGAAUAUAUCCCAGAAAGACGCAUUCUUCUACACAGAUAGUCAAGUGGUUCUAGGUUAUAUCAACAACACUUCUCGUAGAUUCUAUGUUUACGUGGCUAAUCGAGUGGAUAAGAUCCUUAAGUUGUCAUCUCGCGACCAAUGGAACCAUGUAACUACCGACAAGAAUCCGGCUGAUCAUGGAACAAGACCAGUGAAAUCUGACAAAAUGCAAGAGUGCAAAUGGUUAAAAGGACCUGAAUUUUCUGACACUGACAUUGACUCAAAUUUUCAAUUAGUGGAACCUGAACAAGAUUGUGAAGUACGUCCUAUCGUUGAAAAUAAGAAGGUACGAGUUGGUAAGGCAAGUCUCGGUACCGAUCGAUUUGUUAAGUUUUCAUCGUGGGAUAGGUUAGUUUCUGCUUUAACAUUGUUGAAACAGAAAGCAGCAUCAUUAGUUACAGACAAACAAACUGAGAAAAGUAGAGUUGAAUGCAAAACUGAAUCCGAAUGGCAAAUACUGAAGGAAGUUCAACAUGAAAUGUAUUCAGAGGAAAUUGAAUGUCUCAAAGAGGGUAAACAAAUUAAGAGAAAUAGCAAUCUUGUGAAACUUUCUCCUGUGUUGGACUCAAAUGGACUGUUACGAGUUAAAGGCAGAUUAACAAACUCAACAUUUGAUCUAGGUGAGAAAACUCCACUGAUAAUUCCUGGAAACUCUCACAUAGCCCUUUUAUUGAUUAGACAUUAUCAUGAAAAGGUUGCACACCAAGGUCGUCAUCUCACCGAAGGAGCCAUACGUUCGGCCGGUUACUGGAUAACUAGUGGAAAACGACUCAUCAAUAGAGUUAUCCAUGAUUGUGUUCGCUGCCGCAGACUUCAAAGACCAGUUGAAACCCAGAAGAUGGCCGACCUUCCAACAUGCCGAGUAACAGAGAGUGCUCCGUUCACUUAUGUCGGGGUUGACACUUUUGGCCCCUGGUCUGUAGUUACACGUAAAACUCGUGGUGGAGCAAGCAACUCUAAGCGCUGGGCGGUACUGUUCUCUUGUCUUUACACUAGAGCGGUUCACAUCGAGGUUGUAGAAGACAUGACUGCUUCUUGCUUUAUCAAUGCCAUGAGAAGAUUUAUUUCUGUUCGAGGUCCAGUGAAGGAAUUCUUCUCAGAUCGUGGAACAAACUUUGUCGGUGGAACAGCUGAAUUAGGCAUGGAUCAAAUUUAUGUAGAAGAUCUACACAGCUUCCUAGACAAAAAUGGCUGUGUAUGGAAUUUCAGUACUCCUCAAUCUUCGCACAUGAAUGGGGCGUGGGAACGUAUGAUCGGUCCCGCUAGACGAAUUCUUGAAUCGAUACUUUGUGAUACGAAGGGACUGACUCACGAAGUGCUUUGUACUCUCAUGGCAGAAGUCAUGUGUAUUAUCAAUUCAAGACCAAUUACUGCCGUUUCUGAUGACCCAAGUUCACCCUCAGUUCUAUCACCAAACAUGUUAUUGACACACAAAGUAGCAACCCCAGCUAAUCUCCGAUA